AUGGCAACACUGCUUAUAGCAACGUCCAUUAGCUUACCUGCAACACCUGAAUUGUCUAUUACAACGGCGCGAAAAGGUCGCCGCUCAAAAAGUCGCGACUUAUCCAAAGAUGAGCCCAGCUCCAGUACCGCCUCAACUGGCUUGGCUACUUCAGCGAAUGUGCACAACAACGAUGUCUCAAUUGAUAUCACCUUGAAUGUUCAGAAUGGUAUUAUGAGCACAACGACAACACCGGCCUCAAACAACAAUGAAUUGAUUUCCAAUCGCCCGCCAAUGAGGAGGAUAUCAGGAGGCUGGGCCGAUAAUGGGUUGAAGAGUCUAAGGUCAAAGAAAAAUUCGUUUGAUGACGAGCGCUUUCAGCAGACUAGACCAACAACAAGCUCGAUUCCCACAGAUGAUAUACCGAUUAUUCCCGAUUUAGAAGAUGUUAAGGAUGAAAUACUGUAUAACGAAGUAGCUGAGCCUCCCACAAUAAGCAGCAAUCGCGUCGUUACAUUGAAGGAACUAAACUCGGACCUAUUGUCACAGAACGCUUUUUCAGCCAUCGAAGAUGUCGAUCUGUCCAUAUUGACUCGAUGUUUGCAAUCGCAAGAAAAUUUGGAAGAACGUGAUGAGGUCUGGGAGUGGGAAAAACUUUUCACGGAAGUCACAGCGGAAAUAAACUCUGACAAAAGUGCCAAUGCUGGCGUCUUACAGAAAAUAGAAAUUGGACCAGAUGAAGUUCCGCCGACUUCUAAAAACAAAUAAAACUUAAUUUGCGAAAUUAAUAUUUUUUACAGAAUUUUUUAAGGAUGAUAACGCUAAA